GAAGCCGGGCAGCGAACUUUGACCUGAGCGGGGCCGAUGACGUCAUACGUUGUUUACGACAGAACAGUGUUGUUGCUCAACAACCCUUUACGUUGCUAGCUUAAUGUCGUUGUACACAUACACAUUUAGCAAUAGUUAGGUCCUUAGCGUAUGUGGGAAUUAAAGUGGAAUGAAAUAGGCCUCCACAAUAAAGUAAUGCCAUAGAGGAAGGAGGCAUUGCUAAGUCUUCUCCACCAGGGAGGAGAAGUCUCCCUAGAAAUGGCAACUGAACUCCAUGAGACUAUAUUCAUGGCCAAGCAGGAGCGCCACAAAAACCUGUUUCUUAACUACAAAAACCUGAAUAUUUUCCCUGUAGAGCUACUGAAAGAUGAGGGCCUGCAGUUUCUAGAGAGACUGUACAUGAAGAGGAACUCACUCACUACACUGCCUGACAAUCUUGCUCAGAAGCUCCCAAAUCUAAUUGAACUGUAUUUGCACUCAAACAACAUAGUCAUUAUUCCUGAAGCUAUUGGAAACCUGGCCAGGCUGCAGUCAUUGGACCUCAGCAAUAAUGCCCUCCAGCUCCUCUGUCCAGAGAUUGGCCGACUGAGGUCUCUGCGGCAUCUGAGACUGUCCAAUAACCAGCUGAAAUGCCUUCCUCCAGAGAUCGGUGAUCUGCAGGAACUGGAGACUCUGGACGUGUCAAUGAAUCAGCUGAUGGCUCUACCGGAUCGGCUUCACCGUUGCCUCUCUUUGCAGAAUCUGACAGCGGACCACAACCUGCUGAGCCACGUUCCUCGCCAGCUCUGCUGGCUCCACCGCCUGAACCAGCUCUCCAUGGCUGCUAACCGGCUGUCCUUUCUACCACUUGAUCUGGGCAGAUCACGGGAGCUGCAGUUCGUGUUUGUGGACAACAAUGGGGACUUAAAAGGCCUCCCCUCCUACUUGUAUAACAAGGUCAUCGGCUGCAGCGGGUGCGGUGUGUCAUCACAAGUGUUGGAAGGUGACCUAGGUGCAUUGCCGGGUGAGGCGCUGAGUGAGGCUCUGGUCGGGCUGCCGGCUGAAGUGAAAGUGGUGGGCUCAGAGACGGAUAACGUGGUUCCCCUGGAGGAGCUCUCCAUGAGGACUCUGCACCGCAUCUACCACCAUCGCCCAACAGACCUCAACUUGCUGCCCCCCAUCACCCUUCCAAAGAGCCUGCUGGAUCUGUUGCAGUUCCCCCUGGGUCACUGUCACCGCUGCAGCCAAGCCAUGUUCACCAUCAUCUACCCCAAACUCUUCCCCCUCCGCGACACCGCCCUGGCAGGAGUGCACCGCAGGACGACUGUGAGUUUUGUGGCCUACUGCUGCACCAGUCACUGCCUCCGGACUUUUGACCUCCAGGGCUGACAUCACUUUCUUCACCCUGUAAAUAUUCGAAGCAGAAGCUGAUGAUUGGUUUCCAGAACGUGACGGAUAAGGGCUUGUUAUUCGUGUGGAUAUUGAAGGUCUGUGCUGCGACAGUGCAGGAGCUCUGUGCUUGAUUGACAUUACUAAGAACCACAAAGAAGCAGCCUCUGUGGAUGUUGGGUGGGUCUGAUGAUGGGCACAGGGCUUGUUGAGCAAUGUUUCAACACUCUGUAGACGAAGACCCAAACCUACAUGGUGCUUCUGUUUAGAGUCUAACCAUCUUGAGGGUAAGGUAAGGGUCAACAAAAUAACUACUACGUUUGAGCAGUGCACCACUGUGCUUAUUCAAUGAGAUCUGUCUAGAAAUUAACAUUAUUAGACAUGAAGUAACUAUAAACCCUUACUCACAAAUGGGCACUUUUUAAGAGCCAGCACUGUCUGGUAUUGUGAAAUCAGUCAUUUUUCAUGCAGAAGUUUUUUGCAGCAGACACAUCCCAUUGAUUGUGGAGUCAUCUUCGAGGUAUUAACUUUUGUAAUAUGGUUUAUUUCACUGAUUUACUCAAGAACAUUUGAAGGGUUGUGAUUUGAAACAACGUGUAUCUAUUUGAUAGGUGUCAUUUUCAGCAACAGAGAAGACCUGACCACACUGACUUUCCAACAGAAGCCGUGUGUCUUUGAGCAGGACACUCAAAUCUCACAGGGCAUCACAUUCAGUAAAUACUUAAAAUGGAAAAAAAGUGGAAAUGGAAAAGUGUGUCAACACGACAUACUUUAUGUGGUUAAUUAUUAAUUAUUCUGGAUUAAUUUUCCAGAAUCUUGGUACUAGUAAGUAAAAUGAGUCAAAGAUUAGUUUCACAUAUUUGUUAAAAAGGUACCAUAAUUUUGUCACUUUAUAUUGUUAGUCAUAAUUUAAGGCAGGUAUCCAGUUUUGGAUCCAAAAUUCCAUGUAAUCAACAUGUUAAAAUCUAAUGUGUUUUUUUCAUUACCUGCAUUAAACUUAAAUAUCACUCUGUAAAAAUUCAAGUACCCCGAAUGGUCAAAUCACCCAUUUAAGUUUUCUGUCAUUGUCUAAAGAAAUGAGGUUUGUACACCUCAGAGGCACUGUGUGAUUCUCUUGUUGGACUGACGCUUGUGUGUUAAUGUUCAUUACUAUGUUGUACAGUUGUAAGUUAUCAUUUGUUUUGAUUGUGUUGCAUUUUGCAGUAAAUGCUGACUGAUGUUUGA